AUGCAAGUUGCAGCUACCGAUAUCGACCAGGUGUUUGCACACACUACCAACCUAGCCUCGUGCAGCCUAAACAGCAAGAUCCUAGCCUGCUCAAACGACUACUUCGCUUCAGCCAAUAACCUCCUAACCCCCACUCCCUCAAUCUCACGCCCAGGCGUCUUCGUUCACACCGGUGCCUGGUACGAUGGCUGGGAGACCCGUCGACACAACCCAGAUCCCUACGACUGGGCCGUAAUCAAGCUCGGCGUUGCCGCAGCCUCCAUCCACGGCGUCGAGGUAGACACCGCACACUUCAUCGGCAACUAUGGCGAGAAGGCAGAGCUACAAGCUACACACGCGCCGGAAGGCAGUGGUAUCACAGAUGCCCAAAUCGCAGACCCCAGCUUCGCCGGCUGGAAGACUCUUCUCCCCGCUUCGCCUUGCGGUCCUUCACAGCGCCACGGAUGGAAGUUCGACGCCGAGGUCACCAAAACUCCAUACACUCACUUCCGUCUCCUGAUGUACCCCGACGGUGGCUUCGCCCGUCUCCGUCUUUACGGUCACGCUAUCCCCCCUCCUGCCCCGGCCGUCCAGGCUGUCUCGGCACCCGUUGAAGAGCUCUCGUCUGCUCUCAAUGGAGGUGUGGCUCUUGCUGCCUCGGACGAGCAUUUCACUCCCUCCUCUAAUAUCCUGCUUCCUGGUCGUGGAAAGGAUAUGGGUGAUGGAUGGGAGACUGCUCGCUCGCGCGCUGCUGGCCAUGUCGACUGGGCUAUUGUUAAGCUGGGUCUUGUUGGCUCGGUCUCCAAGGUUGUUGUUGACACCAAGGACUUCCGUGGAAACUUCCCUCGUGCUGUCCGCGUGCAUGGCUUGGUUGCUGGCGCUGGUGGUGACGGGUGUCCCCCCGCCAACAACGCCAACUGGGUUGAGAUCGUCAAGGGUGACAAGCGCUGCCAGGCAGAUACCGAGCAUGUCUUUGGGCCUGAUGACCUCACUGCUGGCGGUGAGGAUACUCGGGUGUUCAGCCAUGUCAAGCUGACCCUUGUUCCCGAUGGUGGUGUCAAGCGAUUCCGUAUAUUUGGUCGUCGCUCUUAG